CCCCCCCCCCCGCCGCUGCUCUUUCGAUCCCGGGAUACGUGGGAGGCUCCGCUUCGCGCUGCCACGCGUUGGGUCGCAGGGGAUCCCUCAUCCCUCCUCCGGAAAGGAGUUUCCCCGCACCGGUUCCUCCGGCGAGCGGGCUCCCUGGGCGCUAGGAGGGAACUUCAGGCGCCUCGGCCGCGUUGGAGCAAGCCGCUUUCCUCGCAAACUUUUUUUUCCUGGGCAAAAGCACCCCGAGCCCUGCCCGCGUCAGCGCAACUCCAGCAUGUAAAAGGGAGCGCCAGCGACGGCCUCUUUCUCUGCAGACGUGGCCCCUUCCGUCCCCAAGGGUAACACAGGUUGCUGCGAGGAGGAGACAUCCCCGCUUCCCCGCAGGAGUGAUGCUCAUCAGAGAAGUUUUGCUGCUCCUUCAGUGCUGCUGGUCUUCCCUGCUACUGCACUGGACCCUCCACCCCAUCUGGGGCUUCAUUCAGAUCACUCAGGGUGAACCCCAGAAAUCAUGCGCCAAGCCAGUAACAGAGAAAGUUACAGACAGUUGCCAACAGAUCUGCCAAUGUAGACCACCUCCGCUACCGCCACCGCCACCGCCUCCUCCACCCCCCAGGUUGCUCGGGGUCCCAACUCCUACCGUUCCAAGUUGCCCUACUCGUGAGACGUGGUGGCCAGGCCCAGUUAUAAUUAUUGCAGCAUGCUGUACCACACUAGUGUUCCUCUUUCUAGUUUUCAUCAUUUGCUACAAAGCCAUAAAAAGGAAACCGCUGAGGAAAGAAGAGAAUGGAACAAGUCGAGCUGAAUAUGCAAUGACCUCCUCCCAAAACAACAAGACAGUUGAUGCUAACAAUGCGGUGGUAUAAUUUUUGAGGCUCCUCUUGAGUAGUAAACAUUCAAAAGCACAUGCAGCGUCUGCAAGUUGGGUGGAACGAGAGCAUCGAGAGAAGCCCUGUGGCCCAGGACUUCAUUUCAGAAAUUGUGCACGUAUCAGUUAUUCUGAGAAGAAAAGCAGACGAGACUCCUCUUUGUCUAGUUGAUUGUCACAAAGGGAGGGAUGAACUUGCCAGUCAGGGCUACUCUGAGAAAAGACCUCACAAAAAGGCACACACUCACUGCAUGCCGCGUUAGAACAAAGCAACAUCAUUCCGCUCCUUUCCUUUCCUUCUUAUUUUUGAUUGACAGUUCUUUUUUUAAAAAAUGCUUCAGUAGGAUCCUUUGAUGGGAAAGGUGAUCCAUCUGUGGCAGCAGCCAAUGGUAAUUGGGUCUGAAAUCUCAAGCUUUACUUGCAUGGCUUUGCACUUUUCUUUAUCUUUUACCAGCCACAUCCAUCCCCAUUCUGAAUUGUUAUUGCAUUGUUAAGUGGCAGAGUUUCCAUUGACCCCCAAGGCAGCCUCCCGACAAAUUGCAUGAUGUCAUGAAAUACACAACCACAUCUACAGCCUGGUGACUAUGCAAUUUCCACAGCUGGAGACUUUUCAGACCGAAAGUAGUCACAGUAGGAUCCGUAGCACUUAGCGCUGCUGAUAAAAGAGAAAAUUAUUAUAGGUAAUAACAUUCAAAGGUGCUUUGAAUACUGUUUAACCCACAAUCAGUCUUAUUUCCCCAUUUUGUUACCAUGUAGCAUUUUCUCCCUGGGUUUUGAGAAGUACCAAAUUUUUGUGUUGCUCAGUUAACAGUUUUGCACAAUUUUGCACAUGUAUUUACACCACACAGAUCUGUAGGAAGGAUCUCUCUAGAAUGGCUUUAAAAGAAUCAGGUUUAUGCGUGGAGGGAGACUGGCUGCAGUGAAAAUUGAAGUCCUCCUAGCUCUCCUUGCAAGCUCAGAUCUCUGGUUUCCUGGGGGACUUCUUCUGAAUAAAGGACUCUCUGCUUUAGGGAGAAAGCUGUGAAAGCUCAGUCCUCUCUCUUGACAAGGGACUGCCAACUGUGCCAAAAUUAUAUGUGAUAGCUCGUGUGUUGUACCACUUUGUGAUCAGGACUGCAAAUGACUUAGAAGCUGAACCCUCCAAACCCAUUUUUGCGCGAUACCUUAUUAGGCUCAGUCACUUCAAUUUCUUUAAAGAAACAGUUGCUGUUCAGACACUGGUAUCCGCCCACACCUGGAUUAAGAUGGUUAAAAAAAACAACCCACGAAAAGAUUUUCUGUCUUUCCUCUUGUACGCCUUCAUUUGCCUCUGUUCCGAGAGCCGCUUCAACGAAAACCAAAAUGUGCUUCUUGUCUUGCUGUCAGGCUUCAGUGAUAUUCCGUCUUUGUGUCUUCAAGCAAUCCAAACCAAGCCGUCAUAGCCCUGUUUGUAUAGAAUCACUGCAUUUCGUCAGUACAGCCUAUUAGUGCUGAGAAGCUGGUGUUCUGGCCCAUUUCAUCCAAGGAUGGGCCCAGUCUACGAAACCUCUAGUGAGACUCCAAAGAGCUGAACCUUCAUCCAGAACCCUGUAUCUGUACCAACAAAGGAGGUAUGGGUAAAUUCCUAUUAGCAGAUGGUGGGGUACAGGGGUGCCAACUUGAAUAAAAUAUUGGGGGACCAGGUAGGCCCCACCUCACAUAAUCAAUCACAAGAUGCAGCUCACACACCAUUUAAAUGGCAGUGGCCAUCACAUUUGGGGGACUGUCCCCUCAAAUAUUUCAGUGGGGGGGGGCCAAAAGGACCUCAGCGCCUUGGAGUUGGCUCCUUUGGUGCUCUCAAUGAUCACUACCACCAUAUUCAUCUCUGGUAAGGUCACUGGCUCAGGGUGUCAAAGUUAAUUGUCAACUAGGUGAUACUCACAGCCAACCAGAAAUGGAUCUGCUCUGAGUAUGACUAACAUGAAGCUCUGUGAUAUUUGGAGACGUGAGGGUUUGGUUAACCAUUAUUUUCUUUUCAGAGGAAAAACACGGUUUUAGUAACAAAAGAGAUGGUGCUAGGUGUGUCCACACAGCAUCUCUCUAUGUAGACUGUCUCUCACGUAAUGUUCUGCAUCUCAACACCUUCCUUAAAAGAUAAAAGGUGAUGGCAAGAGAGAGAGAGAGAGGGGGGGGGGGACACAGGGAAACUCAAGGUUAACCCCCAUUGUUAUUUCUUAUUAUCAUUAUUAAUAAUUAGAUUUCUUACCUGACCUUCACCAUAAGACGCUAGGGCAGAUUAUAGCCAUUUCUUAAGAUUAAAUAUUUAAAAAUCAGUUUACAAGAAAUUACAAUAACAGGAAAAAUGUGGGUCCUGGAAAUAUAUCCCUCAGGUGUCAAGGAAAGGAAAUGAGUCUUCAGCAUUUGACAAAAACUGUGCAAUGAAGGUGCACCUCUGUGGGGAAGAAAUUCUACAACCUCAGUGGUGCCACAGAGAAUGCCUCCUCCCCCCCCCCAAAUUCUGAGAGUUGUAGAACUACCAAGAGCCCCCCCCCACUGAUUUCAGCACCCAAGAGGUCGGUAAGGAAGGAGGCCAUCUUUCAGAUGUUUGAGACCUAAGUCAUUUUGGCCUAAACAUUUGAAUCUUUGAGCCCAGAAUGGUACCACAUGGAGUUCCUCUAUACAAAAGUACCUUCUGACUGGGCCCUUAGACCUAUCCUCCAUGAAAUAUUUGAGAUUUGGGUUUUUACGAAAGUGUUAUGUGUAAAUAUAUCUGGGAAAACAAAACAAAAAGCUGCUAUUUACCCUUGCAAAAGAAUUCAGUGGAAAUUCGUUCACUUCCCUGACUGACCUUUCUUCCCUGUCUGAGAAUAUAGCUAGAAAGGUGGUUGUGUGUUUUUUGGGGGUUUUUUUUUAACCCUUUAUAUUCUUUUAAAUGUCAAGACUUGCUGAAGGUAGAAUGAAAAAAGAAAGAGUCAUUCAUUCCAUACUCCUUCCAGUUAGUUUGGUGCACAGCUUCUGUGUUCUUGGAGCAUAGAGUUGCUCAAAAACAGUUGCCAUUUUUUGACCUAGGGUUGUUUUGAUUGACAUAUUUUCAAUGGAAUCCACUGUCACUUAAUAUUUAUAAUUGCACUUUCCCCCUUAAUGCUGCAACAAUUGUUAUCUGGGUCGGUUUGCUUUUUCUACACUGCCAAGCUAUUUUCAGUGUAGUUGACACCCUCACCCCGAUCCUUUCUAUUUUAUUGUGUCAUAGGUAUGACAUAGUGCAGGAAUAAAAGAUAGAGAGAUAGAUGAUAGAUAGAUAGAUUUUGAAAUACGUUUAUUUUAAUUCAAUGUGAUAUGCUUCAUAUCAGGCAUCCCCAAACUCGGCCCUCCAGCUGUUUUGGGACUACAACUCCCACCAUCCCUACCUAACAGGACCAGUGGUCAGGGAUGAUGGGAGUUGUAGUCCCAAAACAGCUGGAGGGCCGAGUUUGGGGAUGCCUGCUUUAUAUGUGCUGUACACACAACCAGUCAUUUAGAAGAGAUGUGCUGGGGCAAGAACAUCUGCCUUGAGGUCCCAAAUUCAGUCCACAGCAUCUCCCCCAUCUGAAGGUCCGGUGUAAACCAGGGUUUCCCAAACUUGGGUCUCUAGCUUAUCUUUGCACCCCAGCGCCACAUAUGCUUAAGAUAGCCCUGGGUCCAACCCCCUGCAAUGCAGAAAUCUUUUGCUCAACGUGGGGCACUUUAAGAGUCUGUCCUAAUCUCCAACUGAGCUAAAAAUCAGAACAUAAAGAUAUGAAUGAGGUAGAGCCUUAAUACUGUACCACUGAAGAGGGCAGAUGGAGGGACUUGUGUCUAUAUGACACACCCCAAAAACUUGUAACUGGGAGCAGGGAGGAGCUAGCGUGCCAGAUAGCUUUUUGCGUCCCCUACAUUUUGUAUGCCGAGAAAUCCUAUUUUAUUUUUUACAAUGGGGAGUAAAACUAUGUACGUGCUUAGAGGAUGGUACCAUAUGAUUCUUUUGAGCAUAUGGCUCGGUCCUCAAUCUUCAGAGCUGAAGGGCAAGUUAAGCAAUGCUUUCAGGAGCUGACUCCCAGAGCUUUGAAAUAUAACCAGGGUUUUGUUCAAAACUCUACCAGUUGCUUGCAAAAAAAACAAACAAAACAAACCUUUCCAUUAAAUACCAGUGAAAUGUACAAGUCUUGACAGAUAAAAGCUUCUUUACAAUGGGGACCCAUUACACUGAAAAGAUAGCCAUUUACAGGGAUUUAAAGUUUAUUUUUUAUUCUCUAAAAUUAGAUGCUGAAAUGCUCUACAUACCUAGGGGGCAUGUAGUGAGCAAGCUUUUCAGCUGGGUGUAUCCUAGCAUUGCCCUGCCUAAGACUAGCAGAUUGUGUGCCAUAAUUUGACCCAAAGAGCUAAGAUUUCCAUAUUUUGCAACUUUGUUCCAUAAUAAAAAAGAUUUAUGGCAUAGAUACUGUAUACAGAGAGGGCAUGAUCCAGCAUCAUUCAAGCACUUCUGAAUCCCAUUUAUUUCAGUGGGCGAGUAGAAGAAAGCACGUUUUCUUAAUUUAAAAAAAUAUGAAUAAAAUAAUCCCCUUGAAAUGGAGCUUAAAAGUGCUUAAAUGUGUCUGGAUGCUAGCCAUAUAUUAUAUAGCUAUGAACCUGAAUUUCCAUUGUCUCGCACUUUGCAGAUUGGUUUAUACCAUGCAGGACUGAGUAUAAACCUGUCCCUGUACCCAUUUUGUACUCGCUCUGCACAGGUAUAUAAAACAACUCAUAGUCUAAGACAAUGGAGAAUCGUGACUGUUAUAAAUAUAUUUUUAUAUAUUCUUCACAACCCCUCCCCUGCAUCUCUACAAACAAAUAUAUGAUUUUUAAACUGCAAAGAUAGUGUGUUAAAAACCAAUGCAUGAAUGUAAAUACUCUUAAGAUCUGCCUUCUUGACUGUGUACCAGGUGUACAGAUUAAAACAGCUACUACUGUUCAUAGGAAAUCUGUACCAGUGGUUAAAUGACUACGGAGUAUGGCCAUGAUUCAAAGAGUUCCUUCCCAGGGAGGAGCACAAGCGCCUCUUGGACGCACCAAAGUGGCUGCUUUAGGAAGGGGAGGCUCAGAAGCUUUGCAUGGAGCUCCUUGGAUCAUGGCCAAAAUCAAUUUCAAAAUUAAUGUUGUCAUGUUUCUAAGACAAGCCAUUAAUGUAUAUUUAGCAUUUAAGGAUAUUGCUCAAUACAUAUGUUCUGUACCAAAAAAACAAAAAACAAAAAAAACCAAACCUGUGUCACAUAUACAGAUUGUGCAGUACCCUAUUUAAAAAGGCACCAUAACUAAUUUUUAUUUUAAAUAAAAAUGUACUUAUAAAAAGUU